AUGAACAUAUCGGCAGAGUCCUUCAUGGAUCUUCAAGCACACCAAAUCAAUGCAUUGCCACCAAAUGGAGGCAGUGGCACGUAUAGCUACUCCAAAAAUUCCUACUUUCAGAAACAAAGUUCAAGCGUUGAAGAGAGUAAGAUCGAAGAAGAAAUCCACAAGAAGCUCGAUGUGAAAAAGCUAGCUUGUGCAUCGAACAUGAUUAUCCGCGUAGUAGAUUUGGGAUGUGCCACUGGUCCAAACACUUUCAUGAAUGCACAAAAUGUUCUUGAAGCGAUCAAGAACAAGUACCAAAGUCAAUGUCAAAACAGUGCAAUAAUGCCCGAGUUCCAUGUCUUCUUCAAUGACCAACCAUCCAACGAUUUCAACACCCUUUUCACUUCUUUGCCUCAUGAGAGAAACUACUAUGCUUCCGGUGUCCCUGGUUCUUUCUAUGAUCGUUUGUUUCCAAAUUCAUCUCUUCAUUUUGCAUCUUCUACUUACGCCCUCCAUUUUCUUUCAAAGUCACCAGAUGUGUUGCAAGACAUUAACAAUCCUGCAUGGAACAAAGGUAGAAUUCAUUACACAAGUGCUUCAAAGGCAGUGGUUGAUGCAUAUGCAGCUCAAUUUGCUAAGGAUGCAGGAAAUUUUUUGGAUGCUAGGGCUGCAGAACUUGUGCCUGGUGGCAUGCUGGUCAUAGUCAUGCAAGGUGUUCCUAAUGGUAUGCCUUAUUCUGACAUCAUAAAUGGUAUGCUAUAUGAUAGCAUGGGAUCUAUCCUCAUUGAGCUUUCAAAGGAGGGCAAGUUUGAUGAAUCACAAGUUGAUUAUUUCAAUUUGCCAUUCUAUGCACCGAGUCCAGAGGAGAUGACAAAGCUGAUAGAAAUGAAUAGUAGAUUUAGCAUUGAACGAAUGGAACUAACAAACCCAGCACCAUGGUUGAAGAGCACAGCUCAGGUGAUACCUGAAUGGAUAAUUCAUGUGAGGGCUGCAAUGGAGGCAAUUUUCAUCAGACACUUCGGAAAUGAAGUCACACAUGAAAUGUUCCAACGUCUAACCAAACAUAUGUUGGACAAAAGUGAAAUGCUGGAAGCAAAAUACAGGGACAAAAUUCAAUUUUUUGUCGUUUUAAAACGAAUAGAGUAG